AUGGACGCUACUGAUGACCCUGAUGAAGACCAUCUUACGAGUUAUGAUAUUCAGCUCAGUAUCCAAGAAUCCAUUGAAGCCAGCAAGACUGUAUUUUAUCCUGAAAGAUUUGUACCCCUAAGUGAUCAAAACAGAAAACUUGUGGAGGCCAUAAAACAAGGUCACAUUCUUGAGCUCCAGGAGUGUGUGAAAUGUAAAUUUGCAUUGGAUGAAGCUGAUGAUAAAGGAUGGUUUCCGUUACACGAAGCUGUUGUUCAACCCGUUCAACAAAUACUUGAGAUUGUUCUGGAUGCAUCCUAUAAGACACUCUGGGAAUUCAAGACCUGUGAUGGAGAAACACCCUUGACUUUGGCAGUCAAAGCUGGUCUGGUGGAAAAUGUAAGAACUUUACUGGAAAAGGGAGUGUGGCCCAACACCAAAAAUGACAAAGGAGAGACACCCCUUCUCAUUGCCGUAAAAAAGGGUUCCUAUGACAUGGUAUCUACUCUGAUUAAACACAACCCCAGCCUGGACCAGCCCUGUGUCAAGCGAUGGUCAGCAAUGCACGAAGCAGCCAAGCAAGGCCGAAAAGAUAUCAUAGCUCUGCUACUAAAACACGGAGGCAAUGUCCACCUGAGAGAUGGAUUUGGAGUCACACCGUUGGGUGUGGCUGCCGAGUACGGUCACUGUGAUGUGUUGGAACAUCUAAUCCACAAAGGUGGUGAUGUAUUUGUUUUGGCGGAUGAUGGGGCAUCAGUGCUGUUUGAGGCAGCAGGAGGUGGCAAUCCUGAUUGCAUUUCCCUGCUGCUGGAAUAUGGAGGAAGUGGAAAUGUACCUAACAGAGCAGGGCAUCUUCCUAUACACCGAGCUGCCUACGAGGGACAUUAUCUUGCACUGAAAUAUCUUAUCCCAGUAACAUCCAAACAUGCAAUUCAGAAAAGUGGGCUAACACCAAUUCACUCAGCAGCAGAUGGACAAAAUGCACAGUGCCUAGAACUGCUCAUUGAAAAUGGUUUUGACGUCAAUACCCUCCUUGCUGACCACAUUUCCCAGAACUACGAUGAUGAGAGAAAGACUGCGCUAUAUUUUGCCGUUUCCAAUAAUGAUAUCCGUUGCACGGAAGUCCUUCUGGCAGCAGGUGCAGAUCCAAACCUAGAUCCCCUCAACUGCCUACUUGUGGCAGUGAGGGCCAAUAAUCAUGAAAUUGUCCGACUGCUUCUCUCCCAUGGAGCUAAUGUCAACUGUUACUUUAUGCAUGUCAAUGACACUCGUUUCCCCAGUGUCAUUCAGUAUGCCCUAAAUGACGAGGUAAUGCUGAGGCUAUUGCUGAAUAAUGGCUACCAAGUAGAGAUGUGCUUUGAAUGCAUGCAUGGGGACAUCUUUGGAAAUUCCUUUGUGUGGUCAGAAAUAGAAGAAGAGGUACUGCCAGGAUGGACAUCUUGUGUAAUAAGAGAUAACCCGUUUUGUGAGUUUAUUACAGUUCCUUGGAUGAAGCACCUGGUAGGCAGUGUUAUUCGUAUAUUAAUAGAUUACAUGGAUUAUGUCCCUCUGUGUGCUAAACUGAAGUCUGCACUAGAAGUACAGAGAGAAUGGCCAGAAAUCCGCCAAAUACUAGAAUUAUCUGGGGUUGUUAAAUCAUCCUUAACACUUUCUUUGCUGUAA